GAAUCCGCGUCCAUUUCUUGCGAUCACCGCCAUCGGCAGCCGCUGGACUCAUCAACACUCAAGAUGGAAUCUCUCCAGAAUUUGGUGCUGACCACGCUGGACCGGGAGCAGGUCAUUGAGAACUCGAUCGCCCUGACCCUGGACGGCGCUCCUGUCGACCAGCUGGCUCUCCUCGGUGCUCUCAACGCCCUGACCUCGAGAGACGUUAUUGUCUACACCCCCAUCGAUGUCGAGACCUGGGUUUUGACCGACGAAGGCACAUCGAUCGCCGAUACCGGCAGUCACGAGGCCAAGGUCUUUAACAGCGUCCCUCAGGGCGAAGAAGGCAUCUCAAUCGCAGAGGUCCAGAAACUGCUCGGCGAGGUCGCCAAGUUUGGACAGGGCAAGGCCUUCUCGAACAAGUGGAUCAAGAAGAACGGCAACAACCUCGUCCGCCUGACCGAGACCAUUGUGGACAAGACCCAGCUCGACCUCCAGCAAAUCCGUGAUACCGGAAGCCAUUCUGAUGCUGUCACUAAUGAUCUGAAGAAGCGCAAGCUCAUUGAGAAGAGAAAGUCGAGCUCUUUUAAGGUCGAGAAGGGCCCCAAGUUCACCCUGAAUGUCGAGAAGGAAGCCACCGAUAUUACGCAGGAGAUGCUGAAGAGCGGCGCCUGGAAGACCGCCAACUUCAAGAAAUACAACUUCACCACUGCUCAAGGUAUCGCUCCCGUCGGCGGCCAUGUUCAUCCUCUCCUCAAGGUCCGCGAGGAGUUCCGUCAGAUCUUUUUCGAGUUGGGCUUCUCCGAAAUGCCCACCAACCGUUUCGUCGAGUCGUCCUUCUGGAACUUUGAUGCGCUCUUCCAGCCCCAGCAGCACCCUGCUCGCGAUGCCCACGACACCUUCUUCCUGAAGGACCCCGCCACCGACGACAAGCUGCCCGCUGAUUACCUUGAGCGUGUCAAGAACGUCCAUAGCAAAGGCGGUUACGGAUCCAUCGGAUACCAAUACAACUGGAAGAUCGAGGAGGCUCAGAAGCUGGUCCUGCGAACCCACACGACCGCUAUCAGCUCCUGGAUGCUCUACCAGCUCGCUCAGGAGAAGGAGUUCCGUCCCGUCAAGUGGUUCUCGAUCGACCGUGUCUUCCGUAACGAAACCGUCGAUGCCACUCACUUGGCCGAGUUCCACCAGAUCGAGGGUGUCAUUGCCGAUCGCGGCAUCACCCUGGGCGACCUCAUUGGUGUCCUGCACGGAUUCUUCCAGAAGCUCGGCAUCGAGAAGCUGAGAUUCAAGCCCGCCUACAAUCCUUACACCGAGCCCAGCAUGGAAAUCUUCUCGUGGCACGACGGCCUGGGCAAGUGGGUCGAGAUCGGCAACAGUGGCAUGUUCCGACCCGAGAUGCUGCGGCCCAUGGGUCUCCCCGAGGACGUCUCGGUCAUUGCAUGGGGUCUUUCCCUCGAGCGCCCGACCAUGAUCAAGUAUGGCAUCGACAACAUCCGUGAGCUUGUUGGCCACAAGCUGGAUCUGGAUAUGGUCUACAAGAACCCGAUCUGCCGGCUGGACAAGAAGAUGGGCCGCGAAGGCUAAUGCAAAGGCUGACUCGCCUAUGCUCCGUGCUUUGUCCUCUGCGCCGUAAUACACCGAUGAUGUACCAUAUUUCAGUCAAUCCAAUAAAAAACGGGACACCCGUGAUUUUGACGAUUGAUCAAAUAU